AUAUUAUCCUUUGCAAAUGAAUAUAGGAAAAUACUGUGAAUUACUAUUCAAACCCAUUUUGAGUUUUGACAGCCUUCUUUCUUUCUUGACGUUUUCCUUCGAAAUCCUUCAAAGUUCAAACCGUUGAAUUGAAUAUUCACAUUCUUAUAAUUUUUUACUUUUUCAUUGUUUCGAUUCAAUUCGCAUCUCCCAAAUCUUGUCGGAAACCCAAACCCCUUUUCCCUCUCUUCCAAACCACUCUGUAGUUGCGGCCACAGGAAUCAAUCGGAACUUUUUUGGGACACAGAUCCAAUCCAUCAGAAAUGGUGGGCAAUGUGGAGAUUGAAGCGUCCGAUGAUAAUGAGUUCCCGCCGCCGUCGCACGGUCUGGGAGGCCGUAAAUAUUCCCCUGUUGUUGCUCACGAUAGCGAUCGCGCUGUUGUUGAGAUGUCCUCGCUGGAUUCUGCCUCCAGCAGCUCUUCCACUCCGUUCCCCAAUCGGAAUCCUCUGAAGGUGAAGCUGGGCAAUCAAGCGAAUAAUGCUUCUGAAGUAAGAGAAGGAUCACUACCCACCCAUGUGCGUGCCAAUGGGUCUCAGGUGGACUCGAAAUUGGAACUAUUUGGGUUUGAUUCACUUGUAAACAUUCUAGGCCUUAAGAGUAUGACCGGAGAUCCAAUUCCUGCCCCAUCUAGUCCUAGGGAUGGAGAUGAUGCUACCAUCAAUCUUGGACGUCCUAGGGAUACAGGUGUAAAACUGGGGACAAUGAUGGGAGUAUUUGUGCCAUGUUUGCAGAAUAUUUUGGGGAUCAUUUAUUAUAUCAGAUUUUCCUGGAUUGUUGGUAUGGCCGGUAUAGGUGAAUCAUUGUUACUGGUAGCGUUCUGCGGUUCAUGUACCUUCUUGACUACAAUUUCAUUGAGCGCAAUUGCAACUAAUGGUGCUAUGAAAGGUGGAGGACCUUAUUAUCUUAUAGGCCGUGCCUUGGGUCCUGAGGUUGGAGUGAGUAUAGGACUUUGUUUUUUCCUUGGAAAUGCUGUUGCUGGAGCUCUUUACGUACUGGGAGCUGUCGAGACUUUCCUAAAUGCUGUUCCAAGUGCUGGGAUUUUUAAAGAGACCAUCACUAGAGUAAACGGGACAGAAGUAGCACAGCCUAUUACCAGUCCAAGUUUACAUGAUUUACAGAUUUAUGGAAUUGUUGUGACCAUCAUUCUAUGUUUCAUCGUCUUUGGAGGGGUGAAAAUCAUUAAUCGGGUUGCACCUGCCUUUCUUAUACCUGUUUUAUUCUCGCUUGUGUGCAUAUUUGCGGGGAUAUUUCUGGCAAGAAAGGAUCAUCCAGCAGCUGGUAUCACUGGGUUGAGCUUAGAUUCUUUCAAAGACAAUUGGAGUUCUGAUUAUCAAACGACCAACAAUGCUGGAAUUCCAGAUCCUGAUGGGAAGAUAUAUUGGAAUUUCAAUGCAUUGGUAGGUCUCUUCUUUCCUGCUGUAACGGGCAUCAUGGCUGGUUCAAAUCGUUCUGCCUCACUAAAGGACACUCAGAGGUCGAUUCCUGUUGGUACAUUGGCUGCAACUUUGACGACUUCUGUUCUGUAUCUGGUUACCGUGUUGUUCUUUGGAGCUCUUGCUACCAGAGAGAAACUUUUGACAGACAGGUUACUUACAGCAACUGUUGCUUGGCCAUUCCCGGCAAUAAUUUAUAUCGGUAUAAUUCUUUCAACCUUGGGAGCAGCUCUUCAAAGUUUGACUGGUGCUCCGCGCCUGCUUGCAGCCAUUGCCAAUGAUGAUAUCUUACCUGUUCUUAACUACUUCAAGGUGGCAGAUGGUGGUGAACCUCACAUUGCUACCUUUUUUACUGCCUUCCUCUGUAUUGGUUGUGUAGUGAUUGGAAAUCUUGAUCUUAUAACACCAACCAUAACUAUGUUUUACCUACUAUGCUACGCGGGAGUAAAUUUGUCCUGCUUCCUUUUGGAUCUUCUUGAUGCUCCUAGCUGGCGUCCUCGCUGGAAAUUUCAUCACUGGAGCCUUUCACUCGUUGGAGCACUGCUUUGCAUAGUUAUCAUGUUUUUGAUUUCUUGGGCCUUUACUGUGGUAUCACUGGCCCUAGCAAGCUUGAUCUAUUACUAUGUGAGCAUCAAGGGAAAAGCUGGAGACUGGGGCGAUGGUUUCAAAAGUGCAUACUUCCAACUUGCUCUUCGUAGUCUGCGAUCAUUGGGAGCUGAUCAGGUGCACCCAAAGAAUUGGUAUCCUAUCCCCCUUGUGUUUUGUAGGCCCUGGGGUAAGCUUCCGGAAAAUGUUCCCUGUCAUCCCAAGCUUGCUGAUUUUGCCAACUGCAUGAAGAAAAAGGGCAGGGGAAUGUCAAUUUUUUUUUCCAUCAUAGAUGGAGAUUACCAUGAGUGUGCAGAGGAUGCCAAGGUUGCCUGCAAGCAGCUUAGUACAUACAUUGAUUACAAGCAAUGUGAAGGAGUAGCAGAGAUAGUAGUUGCUCCCAGUAUGAGUGAUGGCUUUCGAGGCAUUAUUCAGACGAUGGGCCUUGGCAAUCUCAAGCCUAAUAUUGUGGUUAUGCGUUACCCUGAAAUAUGGAGGCGUGAAAACUUAAUUGAAAUACCUGCAACUUUUGUUGGAAUUAUAAAUGAUUGUAUUGUUGCAAACAAGGCAGUUGUCAUUGUUAAAGGCCUGGAUGAGUGGCCUAACGCGUAUCAGAGACAAUAUGGAAGCAUUGAUUUGUAUUGGAUUGUGAGAGAUGGUGGUCUUAUGCUUCUUCUAUCUCAGCUGCUGCUAACAAAAGAGAGCUUUGAGAGCUGUAAAAUUCAAGUUUUCUGCAUUGCUGAAGAGGAUUCCGAUGCAGAGGAGCUGAAGGCUGAUGUGAAGAAGUUUCUUUAUGAUCUUCGCAUGCAAGCUGAAGUCAUUGUGAUUUCAAUGAAGUCAUGGGAUGCACAAGCAGAACAGCAAGAUGAAUCGUUUGAGGCUUUUACUGGUGCACAACAACGGAUUAGUAGUUAUUUGGCUGGGAUAAAGGAGAGAGCUCAGAGGGAAGGGACUUCUUUAAUGGCUGAUGGCAAACCUGUAGUUGUCAAUGAACAACAGGUGGAGAAUUUCCUAUACACCACCCUGAAGCUUAACUCGACAAUACUGAAAUACUCAAGAAUGGCCGCAGUCGUGCUUGUGAGUCUUCCUCCUCCUCCUCUCAACCAUCCCUCCUACUUUUACAUGGAGUAUAUGGACUUACUGGUUGAAAAUGUACCUAGACUUUUGAUAGUUCGAGGAUACCGCAGAGAUGUUGUCACUUUGUUCACAUAGUUGAGGAUUACCAUUUGGCCUGGUAAUCACCAAAAUUUUCUAUUUAUAAAUGUCUAUAGGCUGUGCUCUUACCCCCUUUAGUGUUAUGUUACUAGGUUAGAUAUGUUUUUGCUGUUUCCUUGUCGGUCUUCUCUAGCACCGGGGGGUAGAGUUGUAGUUUACUUGGGUAUUCAUUCUUUUUUACCUCGUCUUUUACGUAGGAAAAUUUUGUUGUAUUGCAAAAAAUUCAAUAGCUCAUUGAACGAUUUUUUAAUCAUGUUCGAUCCUGCUUGUGAACAGCUUCAUCUUUUUUUUUUUUUUCCUCUUCUUCGGUGGAGUGAUGGAAAAGAGAUUAUUUUUUUUUAUUUUUAUUUUUACUUCUUUAUUUUUUUUUCUUUUUUGGUGG